AACAUUGACUGACUCAGCCAUGUGACCCAAAACCUGCUCUUGAACUAACAUAGACCUUUGGGAUAUAAACUCAGAUUCUGACAGCCAGAGUCACUCCCUCCUGAGCCACAGACAAAAAUGGAGCUCCUGGGAGGAGCCACUGUUGUCCUCCUGGUUUGCAUUGCCUGCCUGCUCUCCUUUGCAGCAUGGAAAGGAAGGUCUGGGAAGGGGAAGAUGCCUCCAGGACCAGCUCCCCUUCCCAUUCUAGGCAACCUGCUGCAGGUGAAACCAAGUAACUUGGCCAAAACCCUCCAGAAGCUCAGUGAAGAGUAUGGACCCGUGUUCACAGUGCACCUGGGCUCUGACCCAGUGGUGGUGCUGCAUGGAUACGAUGUGGUGAAAGAAGCCUUGGUCGAUCGCGCAGAUGAGUUUGCUUCCAGGGGACACAUGCCAAUUGGAGACAGGGCUAACAAUGGAUUAGGGAUUAUUUUUAGCAACAAUGAGCUAUGGUUACAAGUCCGGCGGUUUUCUCUCACCACUCUGCGGAACUUUGGAAUGGGGAAGAGGAGCAUUGAAGAGAGGAUACAGGAGGAAUCUGACUACUUGCUUGAAGAGAUCAACAAAACAAAGGGAAAAGCUUUUGACCCAACCUUCAUGCUGAGCUGUUCUGUCUCCAAUGUCAUAUGCUCCAUUGUCUUUGGGAAACGAUAUGAUUAUAAAGACAAGAAGUUCCUGGCUCUGAUGGACAACAUGAACAACAUCUUUGAGAUGAUGAACUCCCGCUGGGGACAGGUACGUUCAAUGUUCUCAAAUAUCAUGGAUUACCUGCCUGGCCCACACAACAAUAUAUUUGGAGAAUUUGAUGCUCUAAAAGCCUUUGUAGCAGAGGAGGUAAAGUUGCACCAAGCCUCCCUGGAUCCCAACUCCCCUCAGGAUUUCAUCGAUUGUUUCCUCAGCAAAAUGCAGGAGGAGAAAGAUCGUCCCAAUUCCAGUUUCCACAUGAAGAACCUUAUAACAAGUGCUUUCGACUUGUUCAUUGCUGGAACUGAGACAACAAGCACCACUGUACGAUAUGGGCUUCUGCUUCUUCUCAAAUAUCCAAAGAUACAAGAAGAGAUUGACCAGGUAGUAGGACGAUCAAGAAAACCCUGUGUGGCUGACCGGUCCCAGAUGCCCUACACAGAUGCCGUGGUCCAUGAAAUCCAGCGCUUCAUCUCUCUUGUACCCCUGGCCCUCCCUCACACUGUGACCAAAGACACCAACUUCAGAGACUAUGUCAUUCCUAAGGGCACUACAAUUUUUCCAGUCCUCACUUCUGUCCUCCAUGACAGUAAAGCGUUUCCAAACCCACAUGAGUUCAAUCCUGAACAUUUCUUGAAUAAGAACGGCAGCUUUAAGAAGAGUGAAUUCUUCAUGCCCUUCUCAGCAGGAAAACGAAUAUGCCCAGGAGAGGGCCUGGCACGAAUGGAGAUAUUCUUACUCAUAGCCAUCAUCUUGCAGAACUUUACUUUGAAGUCUGUUGUCAACCCCCAGGAGCUCAACAUUACCCCGACUCUGAGUGGGACAGGCAAUGUACCUCCUGCCUACCAGCUCUGUGCUGUCCCCCGCUGAAAAGCACUGAACCACUCUCCAGCGUCCUGAAACUAGCUAUUCCUUUACAUGUUCUUUACUAAAAUCAACAGCAGGAGCACUGGCCCAUCUUUCCCAGGCCUUCAGGAAGGCAAUCCAAACACAAGGCACAAAGCAGAGACCUCUGAAGCCUCCCAGAACUCCACCACACCGCAGGAGGCCCUGGGUGACAUUGCAGCCUCUUGCACGGAUGCUCUGUCACAGGAUCAUUGAGUGCAGUGGCUGCAUCAAACAGCCACUGUUGGUUUUCUCACCAGCACAGCUCCC